GGAUGUGCUGACGUGUCGGCUUGUGUGUUAUGUUUCUGCCCCACUGUCAGUGUGUGUGUUAGUCAGCUAACCUGGUAGAAGGAUGACUGCAAUCAUGUUACAUUUUAACCUUUUUAUUCUAUUUAUCUGCACAUGUUUUCCCAAAACGUCGCUAGAUCGGCGGUUCUCCGACUUAAAAAGAUGCGCUGAUGACGAAUGUAGCAUGCUUCUUUGUCGGGGGAAAGCCUCAGAGGAUUUCACUGGUCCAGACUGCCGUUUUCUGUCCUUUAAAAAAGGAGAGACUAUAUAUGUGUACUAUAAACUCUCAGGACAGAGGUCAGAUGUCUGGGCUGGAAGUGUUGGUAACAACUUUGGCUAUUUCCCAAAGGACUUUCUGAACAUUAAUCACAUAUAUACAGAAAAAGAAAUAGAAGUGCGUGCUGAGGAAACGGACUUUGUCUGUUUUGACACUGGACUAGAUAAAUUUGAAAGCUAUGACAUUGAUAUGCUGUUACGAAGCUCACUGAUAAAUGAAGCUGAUGACCCAAUUAAUAAAACAGUAGAAAUGGAUGCUGCUGAAGAUAGAGAGACAGAAGAAACUGUAAAUUCUGACUCAUUGCAUACAAAAAGUGAAGCUGAACACGAAGUUGACAUAGAAGAUGCUGGUGAUUUGCAUGAUUCUGAAACUGUUCAACUGCUAUUGGAAACAAUAGCUUCAUAUGAAAGUGAUAAAGACAGUUACGUUGUCAGUGACACUGGUGAAGGUGUUGAAGAGAGUGUUGAUGGUGAUUCUGAUCUGGAACAUGCAAUAAACAAAGACAUUCCAGAUGAACCUUCGUCUAAGGAUGUAGAGAAAAGUGACCAUACAACACCGGUAGAAGCCAUUUCCGAAUUAAAAACUACUUUAGGCACCACUUUUGAUGCUGUUACUUCAGAUGAUGAACGCACAAAGAAGGUAACCCCCUAUGAUGAUGCUGAUGAUGAUGAUGAAGCUCAGAGAAAUGACUUGGUUGAGCAACCAAAUGAAGUAGAAGAGGAACGUAUGAGAGAACCUUCACUACUUACUUUUGAAGAGAAACCACGUUAUUUUGAGGACAAUGUUCCUGAUGCAAACGAGUCAGAAGAUAAACACAUCUCAUUUCAGAAAGAAGAAACGUCUCUCAGUGAGGAGGAUGCUGAAAACAGAGAGACGGAAGAAACUGUAAAUUCUGACUUACUGCAUACAGAAAAUGAAGCUGAACAUGAAGUUGACACAGAAGAUCCCAGUGAUUUGCAAGAUUCUGAAUCCACUCGACUUCCACUGAAAACAACAGCUUCAUACGAAAUGGAUAAAGGCAGUUACGGUGUUAAAGAGACUGCUGAUGGUGAUUCUGAUCUGGAACAAGCAACAAACAAAGACAUGCCAGAUGAACCUUCACCUAAGGAUGGUGGCGUUUUAGAGAAAAGUGACCAUACAACGCCGGUAGAAGCCAUUUCCAAAUUAAAAACUACUUUAGGCACCACUUUUGAUGCUGUUACUUCAGAUGAUGAACGCACAAAGAAGGUAACCCCCUAUAAUGAUGAUGAUGAAGAAGCUGAGAGUAAUGACUUGGUUGAGCAACCAAGUGAAGUAGAAGAGGAACGUAUGAGAGAACCUUCACUACUUACUUUUGAAGAGAAACCACGUUAUUUUGAGGACAAUGUUCCUGAUGCAAACGAGUCAAAAGAUAAACACGUCUCAUUUCAGAAAGAAGAAACAUCUCUCAGUGAGGAGGAUGCUGAAAACAGAGAGAUGGAAGAAACUAUAAAUUCUGACGUACUGCGUACAGAAAAUGAAGCUGUACAUGAAGCCGACACAGAAGAUCCCAGUGAUUUGCGAGAUUCUCAAGCCACUCGACUUCCACUGAAAACAACAGCUUCGUACGAAACGGGUAAAGGCAGUUACAGUGUUAAAGAGACUGCUGAUGGUGAUUCUGAUCUGGAACAAGCAACAAACAAGGACACACCAGAUGAACCUUCACCUAAGGAUGGUGGAGUGUUAGAGAAAAGUGACCAUACAACACCGGUAGAAGCCAUUUCUGUAAUUAAAACUACUUUAGGCACAACUUUUGAUGCUGUUACCUCAGAUGAUGAACACACAGAGAAGGUAACCCCCUAUAAUGACGAUGAAGCUGAGAGUAAUGACUUGGUUGAGCAACCAAGUGAAGUAGAAGAGGAACGUAUGAAAGAACCUUCACUACUUACUUUUGAAGAGAAACCACGUUAUUUUGAGGACAACGUUCCAGAUGCAAACGAGUCCAAAGAUAAAGACGUUCCAUUUCAGCCUUCUGCCUCGGUUGAGGCAAAGAAGGAUGACAGCAUGUGGUCUACUUUAGGGGACACAGUUUUUAAAAUUGUAAGUGGAGGCAAGAGGACAGAUUUACCUGAAGAUAACAGUGAUGACAACGAUGAUGAUGAGGAUGACCUUCACGCUAAAACAACUGACAAAGAUGCAGAUGAACGUCAGACCAGUUUGGUUCAUGACUCAGAAACAAGUGAAGUAGCCGAUGAAAUGAAAUCCUCCAUUAAUGACCCUGUAAUUAAUUCAUUAAAUGACGACAAUAACUAUGCUGAAGUACAGGAUGAAAAUGCUAAUGUAUUAAAAUAUGAUGAAGAAUUAGAGGAAAUUAAGGGCAAGUCUUCAGAUCAGGAUGAUACCCUUGUUGAUGCUGUUGAAUCUGAAUCUGAUCCUCCAUCAUCAUCAUUAGAAGAUGUAAAGCCAGUGUUGGACAAACCUAUCAAAUCCUUUGGAGAAAAAAAUAUUUUAAAGCCAAUCCCCAGUGAAAUAGAUUCACACAAAUCUGAGGCCCUCUUCGAGGAAGGUGUUCACAGUGUACCUCAGCUUGAGGAACAGACAGAUGAACAAAUAGACAGAGUUAAAAGAGAGAUUAUCGAUUUAUUUGAAGAUGCACUGAAAACUGAAAAAAGUGACCCUAACAUUGAUGAGGAGCGAGAAGAGCUUGAGGAGCUACUAGAGGAUGAAAAUGCUAUAUUAUCUGCUAAAACCAAACUUGCUGAGGAGCUCGAAGAAUCCAUUGAAAACACCAACCUUGAAUCUCAAUUAGAAAAAAAUGAAUUAGCCAUGCCUAAACAGCCACAUGAGAACUCGCCCGGACAAGCAAAUAAGACAGAACAGAUAUCCCAUGAUGGGAAAACUGUCAUGUUGGACAUCUCGGACUCCUUACCUAAUGAUAAAAAAGAUGAUGGAAAGUCUGUUGACAGCAACAGUGCAGAUUCUGGCCUCCGUAAAGUGCCUGAAUACAGCGACAGUGUGCUGAGACUCACACUUUUAAGAGACCGCUUUAAGGACGACAAGAUGGAACGCAUUUUGCGGCACCUUACCAUUAAAGACCUUUACAGAGUUGAAGCAAUGUUCACCGAGUUGGAUCUUCAGCUAAAGUCUGCCAUGCAGUCUUACUCACAAGACAGCGAGGGCCUGGAGCGUACGCUGGCGAGUAUUGUAGAGGUUUCGGAAAACGCCAUACUUGAUGAGAUCGACAAAAUGCUGGAUACUCGGGAGCAGAGGGUACGGGAUCUUGGACAGAAGAUUGACCCACUCAUGACUGACGAGGAAACUGCUGUUUUUGAUGAUUUUCAGGAGUUUGUUUUUGAUCUGCAUCAAAAAUACAGUAUCAGUGUCCCAGUAGUGAAGGAGAACAAGUCUGACUUUGAAAAGGCAGAGAACGUGUCUGAAGAGGUGGAAAAUCCAGUGGAAUCCAUCUCAUUGACCAAGGUAGCUGAAACUCCAGAGGUUCAUCAAGAAUCCAGUGAAUUACUCAACGUGAACGGUCAGGAAGGUGAAUCCCAGAGCCAGGAUUUGAGCCCUGGGGAAGAUAGUGGGCAUUUCAAUAAAAAUGAAAACAAUCAAGCAGCUGUUCAAGACAAAACAGAGAUUCAGAGAGGACUGCAAGCUAGUUUGGAAAAUCCUUUGGACAUAUUAGGCUUUGAAAUUGAGCCAUCAUCAGAUUCAGUGGAAUCUUCAAGGGCCUCUGAUGUCUCUGACAAUAACAAUGGCCAAGCAAGCACAUCAGCUUCAGAUCAGUCUUGGGACUUCUUUCUUCUUGCAUCUGAAUUCCUUAGUGUGUAUACAGAAAUUCUGAUUGCUGCUUUACCUGAGGAAUGGCAGCCGGGUCCUACGUUCCAUGGUCUUCCCUGGAAGCCAGUGGUUGCUACAGCUGUGGUGGGAGUUGUCACUGUGCUGGUGUUCAUAUGGAGGACUGUUCUUGCUGUUAAAAACAGGAUAUAUAUCUUAACUGAAAAACAACUUGCAGAGAGGAUUCGGCAGCUUGUCAGCGAGAAAUCUGAUGUCCUCCAAAAAGUAACUGAACUGAACAAUGCGAUCAAGGAAUAUGAGGAAAAGCUGAAUAAUUCAGAAGAGUCACGAUGUUCGCUACAGAAGGAGUUCCAUGAACUCAAGACUCAAUACCGAGAUCUCAACAACCAGAAGGAGAAACUGCAUGUUAAUUUUGCUCAUCUCUGUGAGAAAAUUGAAAAUGCACAGCAAGAGAACAAAACUCUGAAUGAGAAGAUAUCUACAAUGCAUCAAGGAAUUAAGAAGUAUCAAAAAACCCUAAAAGAGUAUGACGAGGAGCGCUCAAAGGUGCAGAUCCUUGUGGAUGAAGCCAAACUCAGAGAAGAUGCCUUGAAAGCUCAGGUGCUGUCAUUUGAAAAGGAUAAUUGCGCCUUGAAGGGACAAAAGAAAUCUCUGUUGCAGGAUGCCAAGGACUGGCAAGAGAAGCAUGAAAAACUGAGUGAGGAAAUCAAAGUUUACCAUAAAACCCAAACCGAGCUGGAGAAUGCCCUUGUGCACAAAGAAAAUGAAAUUGAUGUUCUGUCUGGAUGCAUUGCUGAACUAAAGAGCCUUGAGGCAUGCAAUGAUGCACAGGUCGAGAAUGACAAGAACGAGAAUAGUGAUCCACUGAAGUUGCACCUCAAACAGAUGAUGGAUGUCUCAAAGAUCAAGGCUACUCUUUCAGUCAUCGAGGAUGAGCGGAAUCGCUGGUUUGAAAACUUCAUGGCUGAACAGAAAGCAAGACAGGAACUGGAAGAGAAAUUUCAGAAGGUCAUUCAUGACCAAACAAAUCUGAAAAAUGAGAAAACCCAUCUGGAAAACCAGUACAAGAACCUCCAACAGAGACUAGAAAUUACAACCGAACUGUACCACCAGAAAGAAAAUAUCUUGCACCAGAAAUUAACUCAGGAAGAGCUGGAGCGCCACGAAAAGGAAACCAAGCUCUCGGAGGUGGAUGGCCGAGCUUUGCAAGCUGAAGAGGAACUGAACUGCCUGAGGCAGAAAGUGAAGGACAUGCAGGAAGAAAUGCAGCAAAACGAGAGAUCUCUUAAGGCCGAGAUUGCUGUUCAGGAAAAGAAGGCUCAUGAGAACUGGUUAAAAGCCCGCGCUUCAGAGCGAGCCUUGAUAGAAGAGAGAAGAGAAUGUGCUAAUCUGCGUCAGAAGAUUGUCGAGUGUAGUGACAAAAUGUCAGAUUUGGAGCAUGCACUGUACAAAUCGGGUCCUCCAGACCGUCACAUGGCCCCUCUACAGAGAGGGGAUUCGUACGGGCCGUCCCCUGUGAGCGGUGGUGCUCCUUCUCCCCCUUUAAUGAUAGAAGAUCCUGGACGUCCUCCAUCUGGUCCUGUGGGACGAAGGAGUGAGCCUUUCGGACCUCGAAUUCUCCUGGACGGCCUUGGCCGUUCCACUGACCUUGGACAUCCACUGCCAUUUCGGCCAGAACUGUCUGGCCCCCGCACCUCAUCUCCUUGCACAACACAGGAUGGAGCUCAAAUGGCUCCAAUAGAUGCAAAAGCCGAGGUCACAAUGCAGGCCUCCACUGAUCCUACAGAGGCAAUCUCUAAGUCCCAGAGACCGGGACAGUUUCUCCCAUCUCCUAUCAGAGAAUCUCCUGUCCCAGCUUCAAAUGCUCAUCCAAAGGCUUAUGGCCCCCAACCAAUGGGUGGACCACUUCCUCCAGUGAACGGCCCACUUCCUCCAGUGAUGCGACCACCCAACGGCCAUUCACCCAUGAUUCCUCCUGGGCCUCCUUUUGGACCCGACACUUGUUUCAGGCCACCCCACAUGGAUUCCUACAGACCUCCUUUUCCUUUGCGCCCAUAUGGACCCAUCCCUCCACCCUUUGUGCAUGGGCCACCUCUGAGAGACUUCCCAUCCUUGGGUCCACAUCCGCCACCACAUGGCAUACACGACUUCCCGCCUAAUUUUGCCGGACCUCAAGACUUGCCUUUCGCUCCUCGGACCUUCCCUUCUGGGCCUUUACCACCCCCUGGUGCCAUGGUUCCACCUGCAGUUGGUGUCCACGGACCAGCUCCACCUACACCUCUGCAGCCUCGGGAUAGACAAGAGGUGCCACACGUCUCAGACGUACCACCCGAGCAGAGGGUUACACAGAAUGCUCCUACACCUGCAGUAACACAAUCUUGAAAAAUUGAUAAUCUUGAACCAAUAAACAAGCCCACCAUGCUCAGUGCUGGACUUCUGGAUGGCGUUCUAUUAUUUUUCUAUGAUUAACAGUAUUUCAAAAUGAAUAAAUAUAAUUUCCACUUUUUUUUUUACCUUAAAGAAAAAAAAGGGUUUCCUCACACUCAAUCCAGGCUGUUGUGCAGGGGUCGUGGAUGUGUAACUUUUUCUGUAGAUCUGUAUUUUAAUUUAAAAAAAAACUUUCCUAUGGAAUUUCAAAUGUUGGGAAGGUGUAAAAAUAAAUUUGGCUGUGCUAUGGACUUAAUGACCAUUACUUGGAUCAUACAGAUGUUUCUUAGUGAAUUGUGAGAUUUUAGAGACUGAGAGAACAGCUAUCACAUUUGUUUGGCCAAAGGAUUAAGACCUCAGGCUGUUUUACCCCAAUAAUGGACAAAUGCUUUGCUGAUCUGUUGCUUUUGUUGCUGAGAAUUGUUUGUUGCGUUUGAAAUUUAAAAUCAAAAUGCAUUGAAUAGUUAAAUCACCACAUUAUGCUCAUCCUUUAUUUAGCGUGUUUUUAUGAUUUCUUUUCCUAGUGAAAAGACUCUCUUGCUGUCAUAUUGACAAUUUGUGCAUUUUGCUUCAUCUGUGUCCAAUAAAAUUGUCAUGAAUCAGAUGAACAGAAGUGCAGUAUGCUGCAGAAUUAAUAUCAGUGUGAACAGAAAUAAAGUAAAUUUCCAUGGAUUUUUUUUUUUCAGCUUUUAUACUUUACCUCCUGGUACACAGUUAACGUCAUACUUUAGCCCAUUUAAGUUGAGCUAAAACUAUUUAACCUUUUGCAUCAUACACCUGUCCUUGAAAGUUGGAGUUAAUCAUUGUCGAUUUGGUUAUUUUUUUCCUGCAAAACCAUGCUGACAAAGUAAUUGAUUUCAUGUCUCGCAGGAGACAAGAUCACCUUUAACCUUAGAAUUUUUAAGUUGCUUCAUUAAUGUGACAUUAAAUGAGUUCUCUCUGUC